CGCCUCCGUCUCCCCGCGCCCGGCCGCCGCAAGCCACGAUGCCUUCCUCCGCGGGACUCGGCGGGGUCGCCGCGGGCCUGACGCUCGUCGCUCUGUUCCUGGGGAGUCCGGCGGCGGCUCUGGACGGAGAUGCCGGCCCACAGUGGGAAGCGGACCCGUCUGCCACCUACCUUCUGCCCUCUGAAGUGCUGGAGAGCGGAGAAGGGGGGGUCACCUUGGCCCCCCAGAGUCCCUCACAGUCAGGGGAAGAGAUGAGCGAGCUGGGGUUGGAAGGGACCGAGCCCUCCGCACAUCACGACUCCAGAGACCUGUCGCUUCUGCUCCCGGAGAACACCCCGGUCCCCAGGAAGAGACGGAAGUCUGUGCAGCAGGUGAGGCCCCAGGCCACUUCCACGGAACUACUGAGGCUGGGGUCCCCUGCCUCGGCCACCGAGGAGCCCUAUCCCCCAGAGGACCCCUACCGUGCCCCCUCGGGGCCCACCACACCCGCACCGCUGCAGAUCUCGCCCUUCACCACGCAGCCUGUCCUGGCGCACACGAUCCCGGAGCGGCCGGAGCCCCUACAGCCCGCAGAGGCCCAGGAAGCCCCCAGGGACGCCAGCCCCAUGAGCCCGGUGGACAAAGGUGACAACGAGCUGACAGGAUCAGCCUCAGAAGAGAGCCAGGAGACCACCACGUCCACCAUCGUCACGACCACAGUCAUCACCACCGAGCAGGCCCCAGCUCUCUGCAGUGUGAGCUUCUCCAACCCCGAGGGCUACAUCGACUCCAGCGACUUCCCGCCGCUGCCGACCAGCAACUUCCUGGAGUGCACGUACAACGUGACGGUCUAUACCGGCUACGGGGUGGAGCUGCAGGUGAAGAGCGUGAACCUGUCCGAGGGGGAGCUGCUCUCCAUCCGCGGCGUGGACGGCCCCUCCCUCACCGUCCUGGCCAACCAGACGCUCCUGGUGGAGGGCCAGGUGAUCCGGAGCCCCACCAACACCAUCUCCGUCUACUUCCGGACCUUCCAGGACGACGGCCUCGGGACCUUCCAACUGCAUUACCAGGCAUUCAUGCUGAGUUGCAGCUUUCCCCGACGGCCGGAAGCCGGGGACGUCACCGUGAUGGACCUGCACUCGGGCGGGGUGGCCCACUUCCACUGCCACCUGGGCUACGAGCUGCAGGGCGCCAAAGUGCUGACCUGUAUCAACGCCUCCAAGCCCCACUGGAGCAGCCCCGAGCCCAUCUGCUCAGCCCCCUGCGGAGGAGCAGUGCACAACGCCACCAUAGGCCGUGUCCUGUCGCCCAGUUACCCCGGAAGUGCCAAUAGCAGCCAGCUCUGCGUAUGGACCAUCGAGGCUCCGCCAGGCCAGAAGCUGCAUUUGCACCUGGAGAGGCUGUCAUUGCACGAGAAGGACAGGAUGACAGUGUACAGCGGCCUCACGAACAAGUCAGCGCUGUUGUACGACUCCCUUCAGACGGAAAGCGUGCCCUUCGAGGGCCUGCUCAGUGACAGCAACAGCAUACGCAUCGAGUUCGUGUCCGACCAGGGCCAAGCAGCCUCCGCCUUCAACAUCCGCUUUGAGGCCUUUGAGAAAGGACACUGUUAUGAGCCCUACAUCCAGAACGGGAAUUUCACCUCGUCAGACCCUACCUACAACAUUGGCACCAUUGUGGAGUUCACCUGUGACCCUGGCCACUCCUUGGAGCAGGGCCCAGCCAUCAUUGAGUGUGUCAAUGUGCGUGACCCAUACUGGAAUGACACGGAACCGGUGUGCAGAGCCAUGUGCGGUGGGGAACUGUCUGCCGUGGCCGGGGUGGUGCUGUCCCCCAACUGGCCAGAGCCCUACAUGGAAGGUGAAGACUGUGUCUGGAAGAUCCACGUGGGGGAAGAAAAGCGAAUCUUCUUGGACAUCCAGUUCCUAAAUCUGAGCAACAGUGACAUCCUGACCAUCUACGAUGGCGAUGAGGUCAUGCCCCACAUCUUGGGACAGUAUUUUGGAACCAGUGGUCCCCAGAAGCUGUAUUCCUCCACACCGGAUCUUACCAUCCAGUUCCACUCGGACCCGGCCGGCCUCAUCUUCGGAAAGGGCCAGGGAUUUAUCAUGAACUACAUAGAGGUGUCACGGAAUGACUCGUGCUCAGAUCUGCCUGAGAUCCAGAACGGCUGGAAGACCACUUCUCACACGGAGCUGGUCAGAGGAGCCCGGAUCACGUACCAGUGCGACCCCGGCUACGAUAUCGUGGGGAGCGACACCCUCACCUGCCAGUGGGACCUCAGCUGGAGCAGUGACCCCCCGUUCUGUGAAAAAAUCAUGUACUGCACGGACCCCGGCGAGGUGGAGCACUCCAGCCGCCUGAUCUCCGACCCCAUGCUGCUAGUGGGCACCACCAUCCAGUACACCUGCAGCCCGGGCUUCGUGCUGGAAGGAAGCUCGCUCCUGACCUGCUACAGCCGCGAGACAGGGACCCCCAUCUGGACAUCUCGCCUGCCCCACUGUGUCUCGGAGGAGUCCCUGGCCUGCGACAACCCGGGGUUACCUGAGAAUGGCUACCAGAUCCUGUACAAGCGGCUGUACCUGCCCGGAGAGUCCCUCACCUUCAUGUGCUACGAAGGCUUCGAGCUGAUGGGCGAAGUGACCAUCCGGUGCAUCCUGGGACAGCCGUCCCACUGGAACGGGCCGCUGCCCGUCUGCAAAGUUAAUCAAGACAGUUUCGAACACGCUUUGGAAGUAGCAGAAGCGGCAGCAGAGUCAUCGCUGGAAGGUGGGAACAUGGCGCUGGCCAUCUUCAUCCCUGUCCUGCUCAUCUCCUUGCUGCUGGGAGGAGCCUACAUCUACAUCACCAGAUGCCGCUACUACUCCAGCCUUCGCCUGCCCCUCAUGUAUUCACACCCGUACAGCCAGAUCACCGUGGAAACCGAGUUUGACAACCCCAUCUAUGAGACAGGGGAGACCAGAGAGUACGAGGUUUCUAUCUAACAAGAGCCACCCUGGAGAAAGGACUUACGGACACAAACACCGUCACGGCCUCCUUGAGACAUUCGCCAGAGCUCUCGUGGCAGGGAUGGCCACCCCAGAGUGACCGCUGUCUUUCCUUUUGACUCUUGACGGAAGAGUCACGUCUCCUUCACUGUAUUUAUUAUAUUUAAAGUUGAAACCGGCGGGUUUGGUACCCCGCACGGCAGGACAGCCUCUAGGCCCCGGGACAGGUGAAGGCCACGUUCCAUGCAGCAGCUCCGCACCGCAGCCGCAGCCGACCCAAACCGCAUGCUUCUCGGCAUCCGCGCCCUGUGUCCCCAGCGCCAACGGGACACACCCCCGCCCCCUCCUCCCAAGAUGAGGUGGCCAGAGACGUGUCACACUUGUAGGGUUUCCUUGGGUUGGGAUUUAGCAUGACUAUUUAAGCCCUUUGAGUUUUUCCUCUUUCUAAUCUUACAAGCUUCUAAAAAGGUUUUGUCCCAUCUCUUCUCCCUCCCAUGGGCCUCCAGCCUUCACAGGCAGUAAAGCCACCCCGUGAGCGUCCCCUCUGUCGUGGGGCAGUGACAGGAUACCAGAGGGGUUCCUUCUGACAAGGUGAUAAGUGGAAAACAAAAACAAAACAAAAAAAAGAACAGAGAAGACAAAAGAG